CUUAUCAACUCCAUGCUUGCCUCUGUUUGUUUUUAUUCUGAAGUUCGCUCCCUCAUUUUGCAAUAACCCACAGGGUGCUGGGUGUUGCUCAGCCGUGCCUCAAUGAAGGAUCUUCAUUCAACACCUUUCCCUUCCCAUCACACCAGUCAGUGCGACUCCUGCGUCUUCCAGCAGCAUUCACUACGUAGUCCAGACUUUAGUCAAGCCUUGGUUGGCGGUCAGAAAGGCUACCAGACCUACCGGGACCUACCAUGGGAUCUUCAAAAAAUUCACCAGCCAGCCAUCAAAAUAAGACAUUUUGAGCCCUGGAAAAUUGCUCUAAUUGUUAUUGGAGCAGCAGUGGCAGCAGCUAUCACCAUUGGUCUUCUAGCUUAUUUUUUGGCAUAUGAUCAGAAGCUGUUCUAUUACAGUGCCAACAUAAAAAUCACCAACAUCCGGUACAACAAUGAAUUGUCCAGACAGUCCUCAGGAAGGUUUAGAGACCUGAGUGAGAGGGUUGAGAGACUGAUCGACAAGACAUUUUACAAUUCCAUUUUAAGGAAAAAAUACAUCCGUUCACGCUUAAUCAGAGUGAGCCCAGAUGCUGAUGGUGUCAUGGCAGAGGCUUUGCUCACAUUCUGGUUCUCAUCCACGGAUUCUAGAGAAGCACUGCGAGAAAAAGUUGAGAGGAUCUUACGGAGGGGUCUGAAAAAAUACACAGGGCCUCUGCGGAUAAAUGUCAGAUCUUCCACCAUCUCAAAUAUGGAGACAAAAAGAGCAGAAGCCCUCUUCAAUGACAUCUGCGGGUUACGACAGAAUAGGUCAGUCAAGUCAAUGGCAAAAUCAUCAUCACUGCGAAUAGUCGGUGGACUGUCUUCUGCAGAGACUGGGGACUGGCCGUGGCAAGCUAGCUUGCAGUACAAUAAUAUCCAUCGCUGUGGUGCAACACUCAUCAGCAAUACCUGGCUUGUAUCUGCAGCUCACUGCUUCAGAGACAUGGGUCACCCUCAGGAGUGGACUGCUACUUUUGGAGCUCUUUUGAAGCCACCAAGCAUGAAACGCUCAAUCAAGACUAUUAUAAUUCAUGAAAUGUACCAGUACCCAGAACAUGAUUAUGACAUUGCACUUGUGCAGCUCUCGAAACGAGUUGAGUUUACAAGUAGCGUACACCGUGUCUGUCUACCUGAGCCAUCUCAGACUUUUCUGUACAAUACUUACGCUGUCAUCACAGGCUGGGGAGCACUUACCAAUGACGGUCCAGCUCCAAAUGCUCUUCAGGAAGCAACAGUGAAACUUAUUGACUCAAAGACUUGCAACAGAAAAGAAGUGUACGAUGGGGACAUAACACCUAGGAUGCUGUGUGCUGGAUACUUGGAAGGAGGGGUAGAUGCUUGUCAGGGUGACUCUGGGGGACCACUAGUUACUCCAGACUCUAGGCUGAUGUGGUACCUCGUGGGAAUAGUGAGCUGGGGAGACGAAUGUGCCAAACCAAAUAAACCUGGAGUUUACACACGAGUGACUUAUUUCCGUGAGUGGAUUACCUUGAAAACUGGCAUCUAAUUCCAAAAUCAAAAAUGGAUUUAACUACAUGGACUACAUGUAACUCAUAUUUGUCUGUAAUUCUAAAAGGUUAUUUUUUCGGUAUAUAUAUUCCUAUGUAGUUUUGGUUAAAGCAAACUUCACUCACAGCAAGCACUAUCUUUGCUGUCAGAGAUCCUAACCCCUUGUGAAUUUAUACUGAACAUAUCAGAUAGCAUGCCUCAUCUUUGAGCCUUGAAAUAUUCUCACUUAUCAGAAAUUACAACCUGAUGUCAUUAAAAUAACAUUUAAAAGCUACUAGUUUUACCUGUGUUAUAAAUACAAGCAUUUUCCAGGAAAAAAAAAGAGAAUUUUUAAUUCAGCCAUGGCCAAGGUCUGAAGCUCAACCUUCUUCCUCCAGUGAAGCAGAUUCUGGCACAGCUGUGUUUCUAGAAAAAGUGAAUCCCUGAUUAUUAAUAUUGUUAGAGAUUAUCAUCUGCACAGACUGCAGCCAAGACCCUGCAUGUUCACUCUGCUCGAUGUUCUUGAUCACUAAUGGUGGAUCAGUCAGGAUCGAGGGUAGGUCCUAGCUAAGGAAAAGGAGGAUUUCUGUGCCUGCAGUAAGUUGGAAGUGAUAAGAGUAAAGCUUGGUGUUCUUCUUUUGAAGCACACUUUUAAUGGGAAUUUUUUUCUGGAUUCUGUGAGGUUCAAAGUACUUGAAAGUGCUGUUGUGGAAGUGCUUUAUCACAAUACUGUACUGCUACCUCUAUACCAGAUGGCUUAUAGAUCUAGUCUGUUCAACUCACAGUACGCUUAAGAUACAGAAAGACAAGCUCCACCCAGAUUUCUUUGUAACAAGUGUGUCCUCAUGAACAACCUCCCUGGAAGAAAACCCAGCAUUUAAAUUUGUGCUAAAGGAAAAAUAAGUAUUUACCACCAGUGAAGUGGAAACAACUUUUUUCAUUCAAGAGAUAGCGUGCUUUUUCACGGCAUGCCAGCCAGCGGAAACCAUCUCACUGCAAUGAAAGCAGUUAGUGACACUGUCGUGCUUCACUGAUGGAUUCAUUUCUUCAUGAAUUAAUAUGAUCGUGUCUUAUGAGGCUGAAGAGUAAUUUUAUAUUAAAUAACAGUCCCAAUAAGAACUUCAGAGUAAACGUGAUCCUUAUAUACCAAUUAAGCACUUUUCCUACCUCUGUUCAUGACAUGGAUUGCUGGUGGAGGGGGUUCCAGUGGCAUGACUAUUACUGUCCCCUAAAGCCCAGGCUUUCAAUAUGAGGAUCCAAAAUGUCACUCCAGUACUAUCUCCUGCAGUCUUUGAAUGCCAAUUAGAAUGUUUAGGCUGUGAACGCAGGACUCACAAGAGUCUGUAGUAGACAUGAAAAAAGCUGCAAGCCCCACAGCUGAACCUGCUACAGUUGAAAAUUGCUCUGAAGCAUCCUGCCUCCCCUUCUACUCAGGACAGGGUCUGUCCUCAGCCUUCCGACUGUGCAAGUUCUCCAACAAUCA